CUCCAGCAGGGGCGCUGCACCUGUGACCCUCGCACCAGUACAGUAAACACACCGAUGCUCCGCUAGCAUCGUUAGUUCUUCGUUAACCCGCUGGAUUAACGUAUCUGUGGGACUUUAUAACAACUAAACUAACUGGAAGAGGAUGGACAGCUGCUGACACUACCCCACCCCCCCCCCCCCCCCCCUCUGUAUAUACAGGAACGUUCAGCUUCACUAUGUCAGCUGUCAGUGAGCUCAGCACCGACACCAGUGACGACAACAAACUGGUCAGACCAAAAGUCGAGUUCCGCUCUUUGCUGCAACACGCAGGAGCCACGAAAGAUGUUUUCACCAUGAAGGAGGUGAUGUUCUACCUGGGUCAGUACAUCAUCCAGAACCAGCUGUAUGACCAGAAGCAGCAGCACAUCGUCCACUGCUCCCAUGAUGCACUGGGGCGCGUGCUGGGAGUCGACAGCUUCUCCGUGAAAGAGCCACGAGUUCUGUUUGCAAUGAUCACCAAGAACCUGUUGGCUGUGAAGAGCCAAGAUUCGCCCCCGAGCGAGAACGAACCAAACGGCAACAGUCCGACAGGCAGAGGGACAGAGGAGGCGGAACCAGAAAGCCGCUCUUCAUCACCAGACAGGAGGAAGAGGAAAAGGAGGAAGAGGAGGAGAAGGAGGAGCGGCAGGAGUAAUGAACCAGGCCCCUCCCACAGUGCAGAGGAGGAUGAAGACGAGGAGGAGUCAGAGGGGGAGGAGGAAGAAGAGGGGGCGAAGAGGAGGAGGUCAGACAGCUUCUCCCUCACCUUCGAUGACAGCUUGUCCUGGUGUGUGAUUGGUGGACUGGGAGGCAGGCGGGACCGACACAGCAGCCAAUCAUCAGAAUCGCACAGCACAUCUGGGAGGUCAGAGGUCACGGUUCCAGCCUCAGACUCAGAAAGCGACAACUUCAGCGUUGAGUUCGAGGUCGAGUCGGCAGAUUCAGACGACUACAACGAAGACGACGCUUCUCUGUCGGCCGACGACCAGGUGUACGAGGUCACCAUCUUUGAGAAAGAAGACGAAGACUCCUUCGAUGAAGACACAGAAAUCACUGAAGCUGAUUACUGGCGCUGUGUGAAGUGCGACGAGUUGAACCCCCCCCUCCCUAGAAACUGCUUCCGCUGUUGGUCGAUGCGACACGAUUGGCUCCCCGAUGAGUCCCUCAACGCUGCUAACUCCUCCCCCUCCAGUCCGAAAGCUCUGCCCAAAAAGCCAACCGACCAAUCAGAAGCCAAAGAACCUUCAGGUUCUGAUGUGGAGGAAAACGAAGGAGUCGAUGUUCCCGACGGGAAACGGGCGAAAACUCCUCUUCUGUCACAGUGUCUCUCCGACUACACCUCCUCUGCUACCUCCUCCCAGGAACUCAUCUCCUCCUCCCAGCCCUCCUCCUCCUACUCCUCCUCCCUGGACUCCCAGGAGCUUCUUCAGUCGUCCCUCACUUCCUCACCUGCACCUCCUCCUGGUCCCGCGGUCCCGGAGCUGGAGCGCAGCGUGUCGGAGGAGUGGCGUCUGCCCGAGUCGUGUCUCGACCCGUGUCUCAUCUGUCAGUCCCGGCCCAAGAACGGCUGCAUCGUCCACGGGCGAACGGGACACCUGAUGUCCUGCUACGUCUGCGCCAGGAAGCUGAAGAAGAGGAACAAGCUGUGUCCCGUCUGCAGGCUGCCCAUCCAGUCGGUGGUCCUCACCUACCUCAGCUGAAACCCCCCCCCCCCCGGUCCUCGCCAACAUCAGCUGAGACUCAUCCUCUUUCCUCAGCCACCAACUCUAUCCUCACCUCCCUCUAUGCUCUAUUCCACCGACCCUGUCCUCACCCUUGGCUGAGACUCCCACCAUGUCUCACCCCCUCUGUCCUCACCCUCUUCACAUUUAGGCCUUUGACACUACAGACACUUAGAGACACGUAUGUUGAGGUGUAGCUUUCAUCACAUGUUCAGUCUUCACUUAGACAGUUAUUCAUCAACUAUUUGUGAUAAUCGAUAGGUUCUCUUCAUCAUAUAUGACUUUAAACAACAUAUAUGAUCUGACGCUUGGUGAAAUAAAACAAAAACAUCCAGAUAUGACCUCUUGGGCUUUGGUAAAUUUAACACCAGAAUAAUUCCCUCUUUAAUUUCCUGAUCUUCUGAAUCUUUAGUGCGAUCUCUUCUUCCAUUUAUUUAAUGAUGUAAAUGUCAGAUUUUCAGUCACAUCAUAAACAUUCUGAUUAGUUUAACACGUUGGAAAACACAACCUAGAACUUUA